GAGAACAACACAUUGAUAGUAAAACUAGAACCAGGUUUCCCACUAAAUAUAGAAGCAAAGAAGCAAUUUCCCAGGAUGAGCACAGUGAAGUCAAAGAAGAGGAUAAAGAAGAUCACAUUGGACAACAGGUCCACCACAGAUAAGGACGGGACUACAUGUGAGAUAUCAGGGAACAUAAUGAGGUUUUGUGUCAACUUAAUGCCGGUUUUAACCUUGGCUAAGGAGACUGAGCAGGAGGAGGAAGACGAGAAAGAAGAAAGCAACACCUCCAUGAGUCGACAGGAAACAGAAACCAGCAGCAGAGACCCAUCUGUCAGCAAACUAGUGGAACAGAAACAAAACGCAAUUGACCUCCAGUCAGGAUUAACCUCAGAGAGAACAACCAAACCAAGACUCUCACUGACUUCUCCAUUUCUGCCGCCGCCUAUAAGCGAACCAAAACCAUUUGAUCAGAGCUCAGGCUGUCUCACUCCUCUGCCUGCCAUCACUGUGCAUCAACAAGCAACAACCAGCUCUGCAAAGCUUGGAGCAGAAGGCUUUGGAGUCAGUGGAGCAGUUACAGUGCAGGCUUCAGACAUCAGGCCCUGGAUAGACAAUCCCCUGUUCUCCAAGAGUAGAUCAGCUGAGGUUCAGCUUCCUGACAUCACCUUGUCCAGCCUGAAUGCACUGCUGCAAACUGUCACAUACAGACUGAGGAAGAAGAGGAGAGGGGCCAAGGAAGGACUAUGGAGACAAGACCGGUCUGAUCAGCUCCUCGUGGCCUUUACAGAUCAGUGUCGGGCAGCAGGAUGGGAAGCGGGGCAGCGUAUGAGCUGGAAAAGACAGAUCACCUGGUGCCUGCGGGGUAAACAGACAGAUGAGCCUCCCUCCACUUCAUCCUGCACCCAAAGCGCCGCUCAUCUUCCUCAGGAUGAUGCAGCCAAACCACCUGACUGCUCAGAUGCCGCAGUGACUGAACAGCCACACAUAACUUGCAGUGUUUGAAAAUUGUGCUGCAGGUCAAAUAUUUUUA